AUGGGCAGCGGACAUUUUCCACGGUGCACAUUUACCCAGUGCUGCCCUGAAAGAUGCCCUGGGUACCCCGUCCUCAUCAGCACCUCCCUCCUAGGACCCAAGGCAUUCGGCCGGACAGAAGGAGCUGGGAAGCCUGACCACCUGCAGCCUCAUUCUCUAAAAGAAGUUCCACGACCCCCUCCGCACACCAGGCCGCGCCCGCCUCCGAGCUCCCAAGAACCAGAGGGCGUCCGCCCUGCUCCUGAGCUCCCCGGGUCCAGAGCGCCAGGACGCCGGGGGCGUGGAGUGCGCGGUCGGGGGCGCUGCGUCUCUCCCGUUAGCGCUCCGGGUUUCCGCUCGCACCAGCUCCCCAGCGGCAGCUCGGGGGUCUCGCCUUCGUGCUCUGAAGCCCCCGCGCGUCGUCGCCGCUUCGCGCCCCUCAGUCCGCGGCGGGCGCGGCUCCGCAAGCUUCUCCAGCCAGUGUCCGGUUCUGGGCCCGGCGGCCAGCAGGCGGCGCGCGACACUUAUUGGCGCAGAAAAGGGGGCAGCGAGGGUUUGCCGGCGGACGUCCUGACCAAGCACUCACAGGAGGCGGGGGCGGCCGCGGGGAGGCAGAGAUCGUGGGGGGCUCAGCGGUGGUGUCUCUGCGGUGGACGGUCCCAGGAAGAGGCAAUGGUGGGACCCCGGCCAGGCCGCACGUGGCGACGCCAGGAGAGCCGGGUGGCCAAGAGGAGCCCGAUCGGCUCAGGGGCAGAGCUCGUGUUCCCUGCGCGGCUGGCGGGGGACGCGGACCCGGGCUCCGCGGGCCGGGGAGCCGCUGGGGGCCGUCGCCACGUGCGGCCCGGGCGCCCGUACAUCUACAACCGCGAGGAGCAGGUGCGCUUCGACAGCCUCGUGGGCGAGUACCGCGCGCGGACCGAGAUGGGGCGGCCGGCGGCCGAGCGCUGGAACCGCUGGCCCCACGCCCUGCAGCGGGCCCGCGCCGCCGUGCGCACCUUCUGCGCCAGCAACUACCGGUUCUUUGCGAGCCUCACGGUGCAGAGGAGAGUGGAGCCCGAGGUGACUGUGUAUCCUGCGAAGACCCAGCCCCUGCAGCAGCACAGCCUCCUAGUCUGCUCUGUGAAUGGCUUCUACCCAGGCCACGUUGAGGUCAGGUGGUUCCGGAACGGCCGGGAAGAGGAGGCCGGGGUGGUCUCCACAGGCCUGAUCCGAUGCUUGAAGUAG